AUGACCAUCUCCAAACGUUUAUUUUCCACCACACGACACCUGGGUAAACAAAAGAGCAUUCCAGCCGCGUAUUACCGCGGCGGAACCUCUCGUGCCCUGAUAUUCCACGAAAAAGACCUCCCAUCCAAUCGCGAUGAUUGGAAACCACUCUUCCGUGGUGUUAUUGGCUCCCCGGACCAUAAUGGUCGACAGCUCGAUGGCAUGGGCGGAGGAAUAUCGAGUCUCUCGAAGAUUUGCGUGGUCAGACGAUCGGAGAGGAAAGAUGCGGAGGUUGAUUUCACGUUUGUGCAGGUGGGGGUUAAAGACGACAAGGUCGAUUAUGCUGGGAAUUGUGGGAAUAUGACGAGUGCAAUCGGCCCGUUUGCUGUUGAUACCGGGCUCAUAAAUGUGGAAGCUUGUCUGCUGAAGCUAUACAAUACCAACACGGACAAAUAUAUCCACGCCACGUUUCCCGUUGAAGAUGGAGAGGCAGCUUCAUCGGGAUCGUUUGCGAUUGAUGGAGUCUCGGGCACUGCAGCUAAAAUUCAGCUUGAUUUUAUGGAUCCCUCGGGCUCGAAGACGGGUGCUUUGCUCCCGACGGGCAAGACGGUGGAUGUCUUCGAUGGUGUGCGAGUCAGCUGUAUUGACGCUGGAAAUCCCUGUGUUUUUGUGAAACCUGAGGAUAUUGGGAUCGAGAAUCUCUCUCAUAUCUUACCAGAUGAGAUUGAAACACGGCAUCCCCAGCUCCUGGGGAGGCUCGAGUCGAUCCGCAGACAGGCCACCGUGAAGAUGGGCAUGGCUAGCAGACUUGAUCAAGUCCCUCCAUCUAUUCCCAAGGUCUGUAUAGUGUCUCAACCGUCGUCUUCGUAUCGUCUUUUGUCUGGGGAGGUGGUGGAGGCCGACAAGGAGGAGACGGACGUUGUCGUACGUGCCAUCUCAACAGGACAACCGCACAAGGCUCUUCCCAUCACAGCCGGGCUAGCUUUGUCUGCUGCUGCUAGAUUAGAAGGAUCAGUGGUUUCUGAAUGUCUUGAUGGAGAACAGGGAGGUGAGGAGAUCAGGAUCGGUCAUCCCAGUGGGAAGCUGGUCGUGGGAGCGAGAUACAGCGAGACUGGGGAGUUGGAGCGAGUGACUGUGUACCGGACGGCGAGGAGGCUGAUGGAAGGAAAGGUCUUUUGGAAGUGA